CCCCCCCAGCGCCACGUGACCCGCCGGUGCCGGCAUGGCGGCGGCCGCGCUGCUGCUCGGGGCCGUGCUGGCGGCGGCGGCGGCGGCGCUGGACAACGGCGUGGCGCGGACGCCGCCCAUGGGCUGGCUGCACUGGGAGCGCUUCCUCUGCGGCACCGACUGCAGCGCGCAGCCCCGCCGCUGCGUCAGCGAGCAGCUGUUCACCGAGAUGGCCGACGUGAUGGCCGCGGAGGGCUGGCGGGACGCAGGCUACCAGUACCUGUGCAUCGACGACUGCUGGGCGGCCCCCACGCGGGACGAGCGCGGCAGGCUGCGGGCGGACCCCCGGCGCUUCCCCGGUGGCAUCCGGCGGCUGGCGGACUACGUGCACGCGCGGGGGCUGAAGCUGGGGAUCUACAGCGACGUCGGGAACGAGACGUGCGCCGGCUUCCCCGGCAGCUACGGGCACUACGAGCUGGACGCCCAGACCUUCGCCUCGUGGGGCGUGGACCUGCUCAAGUUCGACGGCUGCAACUCCGGCUCGCUGGAGCUGCUGGCAGAAGGUUACAGGAGGAUGUCUCUGGCCCUGAACAAGACUGGAAGGCCCAUCGUGUACUCCUGCGAAUGGCCUUUCUACCUGAGGCCCAUGCAGCAGCCCAAUUACACGGAGAUCAAACAGUACUGCAAUCACUGGAGGAACUUCUUUGAUGUCUACGAUUCUUGGAACAGCAUCAAGAGCAUCUUGGAGUGGACGGCGCUUCACCAGGACAGCAUUGUGAAGAUAGCUGGGCCAGGGGGCUGGAACGACCCUGACAUGCUGGUGAUUGGGAACUUCGGGCUGAGCUGGGACCAGGCGGUGACCCAGAUGGCCAUGUGGGCCAUUAUGGCUGCUCCCCUCUUCAUGUCCAACGACCUGCGGCGCAUUAGCCCCGAGGCCAAGUGGCUGCUCCAGAACAAAGAGGUGAUCGCCAUCAACCAGGAUCCGCUGGGCAGGCAGGGAUACCGCAUCACCAAGGACAAAAACUUCGAGCUAUGGGAGCGGCCCCUGUCGGGCAGAGCCUACGCCGUGGCGGUGCUGUACCAGCAGGAAAUCGGGGGGCCCCAGAACUUCACCUUCUCCCUCGCCUUCCUCGGCAACGGGCUGGCCUGCAACCCCGUGUGCUCCGUCCGGCAGGUCCUGCCGAGCAGCAGGGACUGGGGGGUGCACAGCUGGGUCUCCUCCCUGAGUGUGGAGGUAAACCCAACAGGCACCGUGCUGCUCAAGGUGGUGGCGCUAUAGGAGGAGGCACAAAGGCGAUCUUCUCGUAAGCCUCACAUUCUGCGCUGUCACCAGAGGCCUGUCCGCUUCCUGCAAGCGGGAUGCCUUUGUUCUGUCCUCAGCCAUUCACUACUCAAGUGCUUCUCCGUGGACCUUGAACCUUCUGCCUAAAUGCCCAACUCUCCGUUGCCAUGAGAUAACCCAGAAAGGGUCGCUCCUCUCCUAUAUUCCCUUUCUCUGCUAUCUCACCUAACUCCCCUAUUCCAGGGGCUACAAAGGCCCCGGGGGGCAGCAACUCCAUUAACGCCCCCUGCCCCCCCGGCUGGACACACAAAGCACAGAUGCGGCGUCCUACGGCUCUUCUCGGGGCUCACUAGGGAAAUGCAGCUCGGCUGCCUCGCUUCUGCUUUGCGAGCUGGGCUGUACAGCUACAUGCAGCCCCCAAAAAACAGAAAAGCUGCCAAAGCAAGCCCACCCCCUCCUCAGUGUGGUCAUCUUCUACGCACUGAACUCAGGGACCGGCCUGAAUCACUGCAGUUCUCGGCUGUCUGCUUACUGUGUGAUGCGUCUGGUGCCUUAAGGAGCAGCCCUCAGAGCUCUGUCCUACCCCAGGAGCCCUCCUACCUGGGGCUGGCACUUCCCUCUGGACAGUAGCUCCCCUCCCUGCUCUCCACAGGGCCCCUGGGGACUCCGUCCCAGAAGGAAACACCUUUCUUUCGCUGCUGGCAGCAUUCUUCAGGCUAAAGUUACGCAGGUUCUUACGCAGCUGUGGUGUAUGAGUGUGUUCUCUGCUGACUGCCACACGAUGCCUUGAUUUGUUCUUUGUGACUACAAACUCCAAUUAAAGUGUUCCCUAAAAAGGAGGAAGGUU